AUGCUCGUGAUCGCAGACUGUCGCAAGGGGAACGCCUGCAUCGUGAGGCUGCCGACUGUUUGUUCUCGCUGUUGGUGCGGCAAGCCCAGUAAAGGGGACGCCUGUGCGAAGGUGAGCGCGUUGGUGUGCCGUCUGGCGGUCGGUCUGGUCAAUCAGAUCCGGACCAUCAAUGCACGCCAGCUCGAGCUCGGCGGUGGCAGCUGGCAUGACGAAUACAGGGAGUCGGCCUACAUCUACAUGGGCGGCCUCGAUGAGGCUCUUACCGAGGGUGAUGUGAUCACGAUAGCUUCCCAGUACGGCGAAGUCGUCAACGUCGAGAUGCCGCGCGACAAGACGACGCACAAGCCGAGAGGGUUCGCUUUUGUGAUGUAUGAGGAUCAGCGUUCCACCGUGCUCGCCGUCGACAAUCUCACCGGCUCAAAGCUGCUCGAGAGAACGCUUCGGGUUGAUCACGUGAAGAACUUCAAGCAUCUAGAGCAUGAUCAGGAGACUGGCUUGAUGAAGGAGCGCAGCGAGCAAUCCCUGAACGCAUUGCCAGAGAAACACAUCACUGCGAGCGAGGCUGCUCGGGCGGUCAAGCCAGUCGACUCGGACGGAGAUCUGCCAGAUAUCGAUCUUGAAGACCCCAUGGCAGCUUACCUCAUCGAGCAAGCCCGCGAGAAACGCAGAUCCUCCUCCAAGCACGAUGGCGAAACCAAAGAGGAGCGAAAGCGACGGCACGAGCAAAAGAAACUCAAGCGAGCCGCCAAGGCUUCCUCACUCGAUCGUCCUCGCGCAUCAUCGCGUGAUGAGCGGCCAUACCGUCGUGAGCGCUCACCUCGCGCCUCCCGUCGCAGUCGCAGCCCCGACCGCCAUCUCAUCACUUGCUGGACCGGCCCGUUCGACGGAAGCCUGCUCAGGCCCGGCCAGACUGUUGUCUCAUCGACCGGUGCACUGCAGUCCGCACGUUGCAGCCCCCUUCACUCAUUGGCAAGUGUCGCAAGAGCGACUCAUGCCGCGAUCUAUUCCCUGCCUGUCCUCUUUGCACAUCCACUCGCACUCAACAUGCUAAUCAACGUGGCUGUCGCUUUGGCGUGCGGCAGCCUCUUUGCCUCUGUGGCUGCCGACGGCGCUCGACUUCGACCGGCGCUGCAAUACUAUGACUUGUCUCUUACUGCAUCAGCAGAGUGCUCGCAGGGAGACACUGUCAUCGAUCUCGCUAGCACACAGAUCGCAAUUGUCACGAAGAUGCGCACUGUCCAAAUCAAGACCUUUGACUCUGACACUGUCGUUGACGUUCAACUGGUCGAUACGCUCGUUGAUGUGUCCGAAUCCAUCUACGCUGAGGUACAGCUCACGCUCGAGUCUGACGCGCAAAGGCAAGACUUUUGGUCAGACGAAGCAAAGGCGACUUGUCGGCCGUAUGCCAAUAUCACGAUCGUGCUUAGUGCCGAUCGUACUCAGUUCGUUCGGUCGAGUGCUCUUGUCUGGGUCGACUGCAGUACAAGUCCAGGCUAUUCCUACACUCGACAUGUGUGUCAGCGGUCGACGCCGACGGUGCAGCUGCAUGUCAUGUCCAUCGACCAAUGGCCUCGCCUGACGUGCUAUUCAGUACAAGUGCUCGGACGCUCAGAGUGUGCUUGGGGACCUUCAAAAACGCAGCAAGCGCACGUCGAUAUCGCGGUGCUCAGUCAUGCUGGCUACCCCGUCCAAUUCUUCACCCGUAUCGAGAGCGUCACCAAACUGGGCCAUGGCACAGUGCAAGGCUACGACGUGCUGCGCCUUCUUAUCAUCACAAGAGGUCCCGGAUUUAACCAGCCAUGGUCUCGCCAAGUCGAUAGACUAUGCUGUCGUGCGAUCCUACAGACCCGUAUUGCAUUGGGCAUCCAUGAGGAGCUCUUUCAGGCGGAUCCGGCCUUCUACGGCGACUUCUUGGUUGUCUGUCCGCCCAAUCCGAUGGCAGCUCCCGCAUCAACUUGCCCGGCUUCCAUUGUGUAUGAGCCGACCGUGUCGAUAUGCGCGGCUUCAAAGAGUCGUGCAUGGCUCAGGCCGUACAGCAUCAUACCUUCCACGUCUCGAAAGUAA